GUCAGCGGGCCGCGCGCAUUGUGCGUAACGUUACGCCGCGGAAACAAAGUGGGAUUAACGCGGCUGCUGCGCUGCGUUGUUUCUGGAAGUGGACGAAUUGAAAGCAGGAAGUGGGCGACAGUUAUAUGAGGAUAUUCGGAGCUCGUACUCGUAGGAAGCAUCAUGUGUUCUGUGGAGACGGCGUCAGAAAUGAGCGCAGGGAUCCAUUGAACGCUGCUGCAGAAAAUGGACGAGAUCAGUCCACUGCUGAACAGCCGGAAUCGCGAGGGCAGCGAUUUGCCGUCUCCGAACCUGAGGCCGAGGCAUCAGGACCUCAUCCCGACACCAUGUGGCCCCAUCAAGCAGUGGUCCGAGCUGUCCCUGCUGGUGAAGUUCUACUACUGCUUCACCAUCGUGUCCCUGAUGGCCGUGUUCACCCUCACGCUGGUGAACAUCUACAGCGAGAGCCAGGCGUCCUACACUCAUGAGGAGGACUUCACCAUUUCCCUCAUACAGCUGGUGGGAAUCGUGUUCUGCGUGUACUACGUCACCCGGGGGAUCCUGCAGGAGAACCGACAGGAGCUGGUCGUGUUCGUGCUCAGCAUCCUGGUGCUGGUGGUCCGCUCCGUGGUCAACUUCACCGUGCUCUCGCUGGAGGAGAGGAUGUCCAUCCUGGCUCGCUUCAUUUGCAUCCUGUGCCUGGGGCUCAUCCAUGUGGUGUGCGCCCUGCUGCUCAUCCAGAGGCCCAACAUGAUGGCCUUCCGAGUGGGCGGGGCCCUCGAGAGCCUGCAGGAGCAGUACUUCCUCCUCAACUUGUGCUUCUCCAUGGUGACCUUUGACCUGCAGGCCCAGCUGUGUCUCUGCAUCCUGAUCAUGACGUCAGGCAUCUCCCUCAGCUACUCCCACAGCAUCAUCCUGGGCAUCGGAGUCAUCUGGGCCGGCAUCACCGCCGUCACGGGGGCGUUCGCGGUGUUGAAGGAAGUGAAACCACUCGUGUGGAUCUUCGUCCUCCAGAACCUUCCGGAGCUCGCCUACUUCAUCUACCUUCUCUACAUGAUCAUCAACCAAUGGGGGGAGGGGAACUCGUACAGCGUGGAGGCGGCCGCCAUCACCGGCUCCCUCGUCUCCGUCCUCAUCAAGGCUGUGCUUUUCUGGUCGUUGUUCCGCCUGUACCGCAGCUUCGGCCAGGGCUUGCGGGAGAGGAUGUUUGCGUCGCAGCAGCAGUGAGGACUCGGGGCCGAGAGGACGCUGGGAGGGGCUGUACAUGGAGACGAGUCCCUUCGCCACUGAAGACCACUGUGCAACACAAGUACAUUUAUAUUAUUUUACCUUUUUUUUAAAAAAAAAAAAAAAAAAUCAUGUUUAUGGUUUAAAAUCCUAUGUGGGAUCGAAAGGGGUCAGAGGUCACCGGAGACUCAGUUACGAGGGGACGGCACGAGUGUCCUCCAUUACUGGACUUUGGAUCGGUGGUUUUAAACAAUGUUUGACAUGAUUGACAGGCCAACACACGUGCUGCACUGACAGGGGAGCAAGGAUCCAAUAAUCAGCCUUUCUGGUCGCCUGAAGCGUUAUGACUGCAUGGGGGGGGGUCUAUUUAUUACAGGCAUCAUUUUACGUUGGAUACACGACCCCCUGCCGAGGAGACGAGCAUCCCCACGCCCUCCUUUUCUAUAAUGUACUUUUAAAAUAGUAAGAACUUGUCAUCUGAUGUGCCUUCUGUUAUAUUAAUCAUUUACAUUAAUAGUCACAGUAUGGAUGAUCCAUUCUUGUCGACAAAUGUGACUUGCACAGAAAUAUGAAUCGGAGCAUUAUUUCAUAUUUCAUCACCUGUCUGAGCUUUGUUUUAACAAUGAGCCCUUAAUGGCCUGUUUACUCUCCGCUACACGUGUUUAUUUGCAGUUAAAUGUAAACCCCUCUACCAGUGACCUGACCACAGAGACCAAAGAAAUGAAAUUUAAUAAUCUGGUAUUUUCUGUGAUUGAGAUAUUGGCUGUAGGUCUUUGUUUGGGAUUCUGAGCCCUUCUGAGAGGUUUAUGAAGAUAUGCACAUAGGCUUUUUAUAAACAGGAUAUAGCUGAAUUUUAUAUAGAACGAUUACACCCUGUUUUUUUUCCCCAUGUUUUAUAUGUAAAGCCUUGGCUAUUUUAUAUCCAGACAGCUCUAUGAGUACAGCUAGAACUGGCCUUUGAUGAAAUGUCAUUUGCAUAACUUGUCAUGUAACACAUUUGCUCCUGCUCUUAAUCACUUGCUUGAUGUCCAUAUUUUAAAAAAAGUUUUUGGGAUUUAUUUCAAGCCAGCCUGUUUAUAAUGUACAAUUGCAACGAAUGCAGCAACAAAAAGUUUGAGACGCUUUGAAAUACACUAAAAUUAAGAUGUUUUUUAUAAAAAGUUUCUGCUGUGUACUUGGACCACAUUGAGCUGUCACAAGAUGUACUCU